AUGGUUGUAGUAGUGUUUGCUCUUAAGAUCUGGCGUUACUACUUGUAUGACGAACGAUGUUACUUGUAUACGUAUCAUAAGAGUCUGAAGUAUCUAAUGACUCAGAAUGAGGUAAAUUUAAGGCAAAGAAGAUGGGUGGAAUUUCUGAAAGACUAUGAUGUUGUAAUAGAUUUUCAUCCUAGAAAAGCUGUGGUGGAUGCUUUAAGACGAAAGACGUUUGCAGCCUUACAAGCCCUAGAUGUUAGGUUGUCAUUGAAUAAUGAUGAUGCUCUAUGUGAGAAAUUAACCCUUCGGACAUCAUGGAUAGAUAGAGUCAAGGAAUUGCAAGCUAUAGAUGAAAAGUGUUUGAAGAAGUUGUAG